AUGGAUAAUGAGGAAAAUUUAGAAGGGAUGAUGGGGGAGUGGUUGGAGUAUGUUGAAACUAAUUUGUCAAGUUCUGAUGGAGAAGAACAAGCGAAGGAAAGGAAAAAAGAGAACGAGAAAGAGGUUGAACGACCAGAAAAGAAGCAAAGGGUUAGAAAGAAAACAUCGAGCGUGUGGGAUCAUUACACUAUGUUGCCUGAUUGUGAUCCUAAGAAGCCAAGAGCUGCUUGCAAUUAUUGUGGCACCGAUUAUGCGGCUGAUACAAAGUUGAAUGGGGCUAGCACACUAUGGGCACAUGUGGAGAGAAAAUGUAAGAAGUGUCCUUUCAGUGACUGGGUUGAGCAAAGUAAGAAGCAACAAUCAACUAUGGAUAGAAUUACUAAAAAGACAACAACCUGCAAUGAAGAAGAAGUCGCUUCAAGUGGGCUGCCGCUAAAGUUUAAUCAAAAUGCUGUUAGGAAAGUGAUCGCCGAAUAUAUCAUUAUGGAUGAGUUAUCCUUUAGGCACGUGGACGGAAAAGGAUUUCAAAAGCUCAUUAAACAUUUCUUAAGGAGCAGGUGGUCAUGGUUGCUUGAUGCAGGCUAUGAAAUGAAUGAAUGCUAG